AUGGCAGAGUCGCUUUUAAGGAAUCCGCCUGAUCGCAGCUCAACACAAUCACUAGAGAAGUCCGCUACGGCUAAGUACAGUGUCUCGCCAGACACAUUACGCAAGGCGAUUGGACAACUCAAAAAGGACAUUGCCGCGGACCGAAUCAUACGGGAUGUCGGAGAGUGCACCAAUAAGUCAAGUACCGCAUGGUCUCCUGCCCCGGAAGAGACGGACUGCCCUUCGUUUAUCGUCUACCCCAUCUCGACCUUGGAAGUGAGUAAGAUAGCGAAGGUAUGCCAUGAGUUAGGGAUCCCCAUGCUGCCAUACUCAGGCGGAACCAGCCUUGAAGGAAGCCUGGCAAUGACUACCAAAGGUGGUUGCUGCAUUGACUUCAAGCUGAUGGACCGCGUCAUUGGAGUCAAUAAAAAGGAUAUGGACGUUGUCGUGCAACCGGGAGUCGAUUACAUGGAAUUGAAUCAAACGCUCGCGGAACAGAAUCUCUUCUUCCCGCCUGACCCGGGCCCAGGCGCCAAGAUCGGUGGCAUGAUUGCUCAGGGUUGCUCAGGCACAAACGCAUACCGAUAUGGGCCGAUGAAGGAGUGGGUCCUUGGACUAACAGUCGUCCUCGCCGACGGCACAAUCAUUAAAACCAGACAUCGACCGCGCAAAUCAAGUGCUGGUUAUGAUUUGACGCAGCUCAUCGUUGGAUCCGAGGGUACUCUAGGGAUCGUCACCGAAGCGUCCCUCAAAUUGACCAGCAAACCUCAGAACGUUCGCGUUGCGGUCGUUGCAUUCCCUUCAAUACCAAAUGCGGUGGACAGUGCCAUCAAGGUCGUCCAGGAGGAUCUCCCAGUAGCGGCAUUGGAAUUGCUCGACGACUUCACCAUGAAGGCCGUCAAUGAAGCCGGAUACUGCGAGAAGCAGUACGCUGAAACAGCAACGCUGUUCUUGAAAUUCUCCGGGUACUCGGACCGGAUGGUUCAAGAGAUUAUAGGGAAAGUCAUGGAUAUUGCGAAAGCAAACAACUGCAGCUCAUUCGAGAUUUCGAAAACGGAACGUGAAGCUAGCGACUUGUGGCAAGCACGUAAAACGGCGUUGUGGAGCGUUCUUGCAUUGAGAAGGAAACCAGAGGACAAAUUUUUGAGUUCCGAUGCCGCCGUCCCUAUCUCGAGACUAGGCGAUCUAAUUGAAGCGACCCAAGCCGAUAUCAAGGAAUCCGGCGUCCUCGGAUCUUGUAUUGGACACGUUGGAGACGGCAACUUCCAUGCUGGCAUCCUGUAUGACCCCCAGGACGAAAAGAUUGCGCGUACCAUCAUCCAAAAUGUCCAGAGGCGGGCAGUUAAAAUGAAGGGAACUGUGUCGGGAGAGCACGGCAUCGGUCUGGAAAACCGCGACGCGCUGACGGAAGAGCUGGGACAGCAGAGUAUCGACACGAUGCGAAAGGUCAAGGCGGCACUGGAUCCGAAGAAUCUGCUCAACCCCGAUAAGAUAUUCCACCAGAAAUGGGUCGCGAAAGACAGUUGGAUUCCUUUUUCAUCGAGCGCGUCAUCCAAAGGAUACCAGGAUCAAGACAUUGUCCAGGAUAUUAAGUCCACGUUGGGUUGGUCUUGA